AUGCUCAACGCAGCGCUUCUUGUCACCACCCUGCUUGCCUUCAUCAUGAAAGCACAAGCUGCUACUCUCCCAAUCCGAAUCUUGACCCACAACAUCCGUUAUGCCGCCGAUCCACCCGCCGCAGGCGAGAAGCCCUGGUCAACACGGAAACAACUGAUCCUCAACGAGCUGCACUACAACACUCUCCACAACCCCGAAGCCUUCAUCUGUCUACAAGAAGUGCUCAACGAGCAAAUCGUCGACAUCAUGGCGGGCCUCGGCAACGAAUGGGCUUACAUCGGCGUCGGCCGCGACGACGGCAAAACCGAAGGCGAAUACAGCCCCGUCAUCUACCGCCCAGCCGUCUGGGAACUCGUAACCUGGAAGACCGUCUGGCUAAACGAAGACGGCGCCGUUGGAAAGAAAGGCUGGGACGCAGGCUCCGUUCGCAUCGUGACCAUCGGCACAUUCAAGCACACGACAAGCAAGAAGGAAAUAGUAGCCAUGUCAACGCAUUUCGACAACGCCGGCGCCAUCUCGCGCCGCGAAUCUGCGAAGAUCAUCGAGGGAAUUGCCGCGGAUAUUGCUUCCCCGUCGUCAAACUACUCGUCUACUGGCCUGCCUUUCUUCCUGGCCGGCGACCUCAACUCUGAGGUUACGGAUGAUGCGUACAUGAUGCUGAAUAACGCGUCGUCGCUCCUGCAAGAUACGAAGGAGCAGGCUAAGUGGCUGUAUGGUGAUGAGAAUACGUAUACGGCGUUUGAUGAUGUGGAUAAGGCGCUGAUUGACUUUGUGUUUGUGGGUCCGCGAGGAGAGGGGGAUUGGGGUGUUGAGGGGUAUAGUGUGUUGCCGAAUCGGUUUGAGGAUGGGGUUUAUGCUAGUGAUCAUCGGGCGGUGGUUGUGGAUGGGGUUUUGCAGGUAUAG